GUAUUGCGUCAUUGUUAUUGUUGUAGUUGGCGCUACUGCUGCAUACAGAGAUUUCGCCACCAUUUCGCUUACAUUUAGGCAUCUAAAACAGCUUUAACGAGUGGAAACGCAAUCAUUUACCAGUACAAUGUCUAUCCAAAAGGACAUUUCAUCGGACGAGAGUUUGCAAGGUUCCUGGGUUGAGCUGCAUUUCAGUGGCACUGCCUCUCAAAGCACCAGUCAUCACGGAAGCCAGGAGCAGAUCCCCACGACCAGCCUGGAGUGUGACGUGGAGAAAAUGUUACUGGAGGCUCAGCACGAAUCAGGAAGAAGCAGCUCCAGAGGAAGCUCUCAGUGCAACAGCCCACUUAGAGCACAAACCCCCCUUCUACUGUGGAGAGGCUCGGAGGGAAACAGCUCACAGUCAGAGGAAGACUUCCAAGAAAGAAGACGGGAAGUUGAGAACAUGAUGAAGAAAAAUGCUGACUGGAUCUGGGACUGGUCCAGUCGACCUGAAAACAGUCCCCCAAAGGAGUUCCUGCUGAAGUACCCUAAGCGCACCACCUCACUCAGCAUCAGGAACACCAGCGUCAUGAAGAAGGGAGGCGUCCUCUCUGCUGACUUUCUGAAGCUUUUCCUUCCCUCGCUUAUCAUUUCGCACAUACUGGCUGUUGGACUAGGGAUAUAUAUUGGGAAGCGUCUUACUUCCCACAACACCUACUGAGUAGAAGAGGGUGUGUUUCCACACGUUGUCACCUUGAUGUGACCAUUUUGGCAUGCCUUAAAACGGGACCUUCUGCAUAUCACAGGGGGAUGUGGCAAUGUGACAUUGUUUAUUUUUUUGAAUGAGUACCCCACAUCACCCACACUAGCUUGGACAGUUCAGGAUAUAUGUCGUUGCUGUUGUAUUGUGAAAACUCCUAAAGAACUUCACAGUGACACAUCCUCUGCUCCUUGUUUAGCCUGGCUUGGAGAUGACUGUUUUGCUGCUUCCUGCUCCGUAAAUCUACACGUUGGGGAACUUAUUAACAUGUCCAUAAUCGUUACGUUUGCAAUGAGUGACCACUUUUGAUUUUGAAUUAUGUACCGUUAGUUGUUGCUUUUAUUUUUUAAAGAUCAGCUAUGGAUAAAGGAAACACACAAAGGGAUCUUUGGUUAAUUAUGGCAAUUUGUGCAAAUAAUAUUGUCACAAUAAAAAAAAAAAAACAAUUAGCCUGUUAAUCACUGAUAUUGUCCAUUUUGUUCAUGACACACACAAUAAAAGAUUUACAAAAGUUCA